AUGACUAAAAAGAAGUACAAUUAUUAUUUGGAAGCUACUGAAGAGGAUCCACAUCGAAUGUGCAAAAAUAAGAACUACAUUGGGAAGGUUAUGUUCUUGUUAGCUUUGGCUAGACCUAGAUUUGAUGGUGAUGGUAAUGAAACUUUUUCUGGCAAAAUUGGUGUUUUCCCUCUUGUGACUUAUGAGCCAACAAAGAGAAUGAGCGUAAAUAGAGAUGCGGGUACUUUGGUAGCAAAGCCAAUUUCAUUGAUUAAUAAAGAAGUAUGCAGAAACUUUCUUUGCAAUAUGAUGUUACCUACAAUAAAGGAAAAAUGGCCAAGGGAUGAUGUAGGAGAAACAAUUAUCAUACAACGAGACAAUGUUCCAUGUCACAUAAAUGAUAAUGAUGAAGAGUUUCGUCGGGUUACUUGUGAUAGUGGAUUUGACAUUCAUUUGAUGUCUCAACCACCAAACUCUCCAAACUUAAAUGUGUUAGAUCUUGGUUAUUUUAAUGCAAUUCAAGCACUACAACACAAAAAAGCACCCAAAACUGUAGAUGCCCUCAUUGAUGCUGUGAAGAAAUCUUAUUAA